GACGCCCAAGGUCGGGGCUAGACAUGGCGAACGCGGCCUGGAGACUGGCGCAGCGUUCGUGUCCGAGGUAAGCUUGGAGCCCCGGCCGCCGGCCCAAGGUCGCCCACAGGAGACGGCUGUCCAGGCGAAGGUCGCCGCCGGUGGGAGCCCCCGCUCCCUGUUAUCUUGUCUGGGUGGCAACAGAAUUUUGUUUUGCCGGUUUUCCAGCGAGAGUUCGCUGGAGUGACCACCUAACGCGCGCGCCCUCCUGCACCGCUGGGCCCAGAGUGGUCAGGAGGGACGCGUCGUGAGGUCAGGGCUGCGGCUGCCUGUCCCCAGUCCCCAAAGUCUCCGCCGGCGUCCGCGCAGCGCUCCCAUCCUCUUGGGGCCGGACUGCGGGCCCUUGAGCCGCCCCCGCUGGGCACAGUGCUUCCUCCGGCGCCCGGGCCUGCACUUCCCAGCCGGAUGCUUCUGGGGUGCAAAGCGUUACUUGCUGAAAGUGAGUCAUCUGCAGGUCAUUAGUUUCCCAGUAGUUCAGCUGCACAUGAAUAGAACAGCAAUGAGAGCCAGUCAGAAGGACUUUGAAAAUGCAAUGAAUCAGGUGAAACUCUUGAAGAAGGAUCCAGGAAACGAAGUGAAGCUAAAACUCUACGCACUAUAUAAGCAGGCCACUGAAGGACCUUGUAAUAUGCCCAAACCAGGUGUAUUUGACUUGAUCAACAAGGCCAAAUGGGAUGCGUGGAAUACCCUUGGCAGCCUGCCAAAGGAAACUGCUCGGCAGAACUAUGUGGAUUUGGUGUCCAGUUUGAGUUCGUCAUUGGAAUCCUCUAGUCAGGUGGAGCCUGGAACAGACAGGAAAUCAACUGGAUAUGAAACUCUGAUGGUGACCUCCGAAGAUGGCAUCACAAAGAUCACAUUAAAUCGGCCUGCAAAGAAAAAUGCCAUAAACGUUGAGAUGUAUCAUGAAAUUAUGCGUGCACUUAAAGCUGCAAGCAAGGAUGACUCAUCCAUCACUGUUUUAACAGGAAAUGGGGACUAUUACAGUAGUGGGAACGAUCUGACUAACUUCACUGAUAUUCCCCCUGGUGGAGUAGAGGAGAAAGCUAAAAAUAGUGCCAUUUUACUGAGGGAAUUUGUGGGCUGUUUUAUAGAUUUUCCUAAGCCUCUGAUUGCAGUGGUCAAUGGUCCAGCUGUCGGCAUCUCUGUCACCAUCCUCGGGCUAUUUGAUGCUGUGUAUGCAUCUGACAGGGCAACAUUUCAUACACCGUUUAGUCACCUAGGCCAAAGUCCAGAAGGAUGCUCCUCUUACACUUUUCUGAAGAUAAUGGGCCCAGCCAAGGCAACAGAGAUGCUUGUUUUUGGAAAGAAGUUAACAGCAGGAGAAGCAUGUGCUCAAGGACUUGUUACUGAAGUUUUUCCUGACAGCACUUUUCAGAAAGAAGUCUGGACCAGGCUGAAGGCAUUUGCAAAGCUUCCUCCAAAUGCCAUGAGAAUUUCAAAAGAGGUAAUCAGGAAUAGAGAGAAAGAAAAACUACACGCUGUUAACGCUGAAGAAUGCAGUGUCCUUCAGGAAAGAUGGCUGUCGGAUGAAUGCAUGAAUGCAGUGGUGAACUUCUUAUCCAGAAAAUCAAAACUGUGAUGACUACUAUAACAGAGUGAAGCAAGUCCAAGGAAGGAUGUGCUGUUUCUUCUGAUUUCCAGUACUUGAACUAAAUAAGCUUCAUUGUGCCUUUUGCAGCGCUAAAAUGUCAAUUACAGUGAUGAUAUUUCACAACAGCCCUAAUGAAUAAAAAAUUUUGUAAAGCAAGCUUAAGAAUUCA